CCUAAAAUUUAUUUAAUUCCCAAUUUUUCUGUGGAUUACACUCGCCGGGAGCAUCUUCUCUCUCUCUCUCUCUCUCCCUCUCUUCACCGGAUCAUCUCCGAUCUACCAUCAAAACACCUUUUACUUCAUCUCAGCUUCCAUUUCACGAUCAGAUUUCAGGUUAAGUUUCCGGCGAUCUCUCACGAGCUUUGUAUUUGCUUGUGUGAUUGAGCCCGGGCUUGACGCUCGGGUUCCGAAAACCAUGGAUUCGGAGAACGCUUGGAUCAGACAGAUGCCUAAAGUUGAGAAUGCGUAUCUGCACAAAUCUAGACUCUAUGAGACUCGCUCGAAUUUUUAUAUGAUUGGACGCAGUAAGAACAGAUCAGUUUGGCGAGUACUAAAGAUUGAUAGGACAGAGGCUUCUGAGCUACGUAUUGUUGAAGAUUCUACGCUGUACACAGAAAGUGAAUGCUCUGAGUUACUGCAACGUAUUCAUGUUGGAAAUGAGUCCACAGGGGGGCUUAAGUUUGUUACCAUGUGUUACGGCAUUGUCGGGUUCAUAAAGUUUUUGGGUCCUUAUUACAUGCUGCUCAUUACAAAAAGAAGGAAGAUUGGUGUAAUUUGUGGUCACGCGGUGUAUGCUAUUAGCCAGAGCAAGAUCCUGCCAAUUCCCAAUUCUACUAAUGCACUUAAUGUGGCUUUUACUAAAAAUGAGAACAGAUACAAGAAGCUUCUGUGUUCGGUGGAUCUUACAAAGGACUUCUUUUUUAGCUACUCCUAUCAUGUCAUGCAAAGUCUUCAAAAGAAUUUGUCUACUCAGGAAACUUAUGAAACGAUGUUUGUCUGGAAUGAGUUUUUGACUGCUGCGAUCGAUAAUCAGCUCAAGAAUAAACUCUGGACAGUAGCGUUAGUUUAUGGCUUCUUCAAGCAGGUCAAACUGCUAAUAUCUGAUAAGGAAUUUAAGCUGACCCUCAUUGCUAGACGAUCUCGCCAUUACGCUGGAACCAGAUACUUGAAAAGAGGGGUGAAUGAAAAGGGCCGUGUUGCCAAUGAUGUGGAAACAGAACAAAUAGUAUUUGAAGACGUUCCGGAAGGUUCUCCUGUGAAAAUAAGUUCUGUCGUUCAAAACCGGGGCUCAAUACCCCUAUUUUGGUCUCAAGAAACUUCUAGAUUGAAUAUGAAACCGGAUAUCGUCUUGUCAAAAAAGGACCAUACUUAUGAAGCCACCAGGCUUCACUUCCAAAAUCUUUACAAGAGAUACGGUAAUCCAAUUAUCAUAUUGAAUUUAGUUAAGACCAAGGAAAAAAAACCAAGGGAAUCCCUUCUUCGUGUGGAGUUUGCUAAGGCUAUCGAGUCCAUUAAUAAAGAUUUACCUCGGGAAAGGCGCUUGAAGUUUCUUCACUGGGACAUAAACAAGUAUUCCAGAAAUAGAUCUACAAAUGUGUUGGCACUUUUGGGAAAAGUGGCUACUUAUGCUUUGGACCUAACUGGCUUCUUUUUUUGUCAAGUAUCCACUAAUUCAAAGUCUCACGAGCUAUUACAUUAUUCAGAGGACGAAACUGGUGAUAAUCACGGUUUGCAGAACAACAGCACUGAGAACGGUGAUGGUGAUAUGUCAUAUAAUGUUGUGUUUAGUCAUGAUAGUGGCAAUACAAGUAGGAAAUUCACUGGCAUGCCUCCUAAAUAUCAGACGGGUGUCCUUAGAACUAAUUGUAUAGAUUGUUUGGAUCGAACAAAUGUUGCCCAAUAUGCCUAUGGUUGGGCUGCACUAGGCCAUCAACUGCAUGCUUUAGGAUAUAUAGAUUCCCCAACUAUAGAGCUGGAUUCCCCUCUAGCAGAUGAUUUAAUGGGGGUUUAUGAGAAAAUGGGUGACACCCUGGCCCAUCAGUAUGGUGGAUCUGCAGCUCACAAUAAGAUAUUUAGUCAGAGAAGAGGUCAAUGGAAAGCAGCAACUCAAUCUCAGGAAUUUUUUAGAACUCUACAGCGUUACUACAGUAAUGCAUACAUGGAUGCUGAAAAGCAAGAUGCCAUUAAUGUGUUCCUGGGUCAUUAUCAGCCACAACUUGGUAGACCUGCAUUAUGGGAAUUGGACUCCGACCAACACUUCAAUGUCGGAAGCCGUGGCUCUAGUUGUUUAGAGGAAAACACAAGGGCACCAUUUCAAAGGUCUUUGUCAGAUGGCAACAUUCUCCGUGACGCCAGCUCAGCAAUUGAUUAUCAACAGAGGAAUGACGAGUCGGAGCAUGCAUAUCCUGAAGAACAACAAGAUGAUAAUAGAAAAGGCCUAUCUGAAUCGUCACCUGAAAUCUCAACUUGUGAAAGUGAUUCAACAUAUCCAAGGUAUUCGCCCAUGAUGUCUGGUAGGCGGCUUUUCUUAGAUGCUCUUUCUGAAGAUUAUCCCAACAGUGAUCGCAUAUUCUACAACAAACGUUUGGAUUCUUUCAACUGUUCUAAUUUUCUUGAUGUUGACCUGAUUUCUUCAUCUGCAAAUUCAUGUGAAGACGAACCAUACGAAAGGUCCAUGUUUAUUACCUCCCCUGUAGGUGGCCGAUCAUCUGAGAAUAUAUCAUGUGAUUCUGAAACACGUCAGCAUUUCAAGGGAAAAGAGCAAGAGGUGACAGCGGGUGAAUACCCUGAUGGAUUUGUGAAAUGGGUGAUGCAUGGAGGAGUGUUAUUCACUUAAAUCAAUUUUGCUUGCGACGGAACAAUAAAAUUAAUAGCGUUAAAUCAUCCCCGUCCAAAGGAUGUGGCGAAAUAAGUGGUAUCAUGAAAAGUUAAAACGAAAGUUUAAGGUAUGGAGUUGAUGAACAUGAAAGAAAACAAAUUGUUGUUGUAAAAUUUAGGGUAUGUGAAUCUUUGUAAAUAUGUAUACAUGUAUAUUUUUUUUAUCAUACAGUUUAUUGGUGGCCUGCCCAACCCUUAUAAUUAAAUAAGUUGGUAGAUAAUUAGUGAUUUGAAAGCA